AUGUCUAAUCCACAGGACCAACACCUGGACCAUCUUGUCCCUGAUGACGAGGUGACUGAUAGUGAGGUAGACCUCGAAAGCCUCCGUUCGGAAACCACGAGCAUCAAAAACUCCAUUCUAGAGUACCGAAUUGAGAAUGGCAGGUCGUACCACAAGUACAAGGACGGCAACAUGCAACACGAGAUUUGCAAUGUCACAUUCCACGGCAAAUUGGGAUUUGCUCCGCCCUGCGACGAAGCUGCCAAGGUUGGUCGCGUCCUCGACCUCGGCACCGGAACUGGUCUAUGGGCCAUCGACUACGGUGACUAUCAUCCGGAAACUGAAGUGCUGGGCGUGGAUUUGUCGCCAAUUCAACCUCAAGAUGUGCCUCCGAACGUCAGAUUCGAAGUUGAUGAUGUCGAAGAGGACUGGCUCUACUCGCGGCCAUUUGAUUACAUUCACCUUCGUUUCAUGAAUGGAUCGCUGGUCAACUGGAAGAAGCUUAUCACUAAAGCCUACAACAACCUUGUCCCUGGUGGUUACUUUGAAAUACAGGACAAUGAUUUUGUUUUCACCUCUGAUGACAGCACACUCCCCCCAGAGCAACCACUGGCUGAGUUUGGUCAGCUGAUACGAGAAGCUGUUGAGAGAUUUGGGAGCGCUUUUGUUCCUUGUCCUGAACUGAAGAACCUCAUGGUUGACGUUGGCUUUGAGGAUGUGAUCCUCGAAAAAUUCAAAUGGCCGUCCAACCCUUGGCCCAAAGAUGACCAUCAUAAGAGGAUUGGACAGUGGAACUUCCACAACUUUGCCGACGCUGCUGAGGCGUUAGCCUUGGCACCCCUGACCCGUGCACACGGCUGGACGAAAGAAGAGGUGCAGGUCUUCCUCGUAGGUGUCCGCAAGGAUAUGAGGGAUCCGAAGAUCCACUCGUAUAUGCCCAUCUACAACAUUGUUGGCAGAAAGCCCAUGAAGGAAGACACACCAGCUCCGCCUCAAGAUACAGCCCAGGGCCAGGAUAUAGUUCCAGCCGCCAACGCCGCCCCGCCCCGGGCUCAUCCGCUCAUUAGGAAAAUACUAUUCUCUUCCUUGGAACAAGAUAGCGUGUUGACGACCGAGGGGAUGUUUGUCUUGGAGGAAGUUUAG